GAAAAAAUAAAAGAUGUUCAUCACUGUGCGUCUAUCUUCUCUGUAGAACGAUUUUCAAAACCCUAGAGAGAGAAAACAAAACCCUAGAGAGAGAAAAUGGACGGAGCAUCAUACCAGAGGUUCCCAAAGGUCAAAAUUCGCGAGCUAAAAGACGACUACGCGAAAUUCGAGCUCCGAGAAACCGACGCAAGCAUGGCGAACGCACUCCGGCGAGUGAUGAUCGCUGAGGUUCCGACAAUCGCGAUCGAUCUGGUCGAAAUCGAGGUGAACUCAUCGGUUCUGAACGACGAGUUCAUUGCGCAUCGUCUCGGCCUCAUUCCUCUGACAAGCGAGCGUGCGAUGAGCAUGCGCUUCUCACGUGACUGCGAUGCCUGUGACGGUGACGGCCAGUGCGAGUUUUGUUCUGUGGAGUUUCAUUUGAGAGCUAAGUGUAUUAAUGAUCAGACGCUUGAUGUUACGAGUAAGGAUCUCUAUAGCUCUGAUCAUACUGUUGUGCCUGUUGAUUUCUCUGAUGCUACUUCUGGUUUUGAGAAUCCUGAAGAUCAAAGGGGCAUCACCAUUGUGAAACUUCGCAAAGGACAAGAACUGAGGCUAAGAGCAAUAGCUAGAAAGGGUAUCGGAAAAGAUCAUGCAAAAUGGUCACCUGCUGCAACUGUGACUUUCAUGUACGAGCCUGAGAUUCACAUCAAUGAAGAAAUGAUGGAGACGUUAUCACUUGAAGAGAAAACAAGUGUUGUUGAGAGCAGCCCGACCAAAGUCUUUGCCUUAAAUCCCCAUACUCAGCAGGUGGAAGUGGUGGAUCCCGAGGCAUACACAUAUGACGAUGAAGUGCUGAAGAAAGUGGAAGCUAUGGGGAAACCAGGGCUUAUUGAAAUCUAUGCAAAAGAAGACAGCUUCAUCUUCACGGUUGAAUCAACUGGUGCGGUCAAGGCUUCUCAGUUGGUGAUUAAUGCCAUUGAUGUCUUGAAACAGAAGCUGGAUGCGGUUCGCUUGUUGGAAGAUACUGUCGAAGCAGAUGAUCAGUUUGGGGAAUUAGGUGCUCAUAUGCGUGGAGGUUGAUCGUAACUUUGUGUUUGCGAUAUCUAACAGUCAGCUUCUUUGGUAUGGAAAACUGGGUUUUUUCUUUAUGUUAUUGUAAUUAGAUUGUAGGGUGGCGUUAUCUGACUUUUUCUACAUUGGAAAACUAAGAAUGAUCUUUAGACAAGGAUAUCAAUCUAUAGGUGUUGUGAUGACUGUGGUGCUA